GGCUCUCACGCUGCACAGGCUUGACUCUUUCUUCCUUGCCAUCAUGAACGUCGCUGGUCCCUCACGACUGCGUCCGGUCCCUGGUCCAAGAGAAAGAGACAACUACGAGGAGGAUCUUGCCCGUAUGAUCGCUCAACUUGAACUUGCUGACCUCGAGAGAUUACAGACUGUAUAUGAUAACAAAGAGCGUCGAGGAGGACUCUCUGACCGUGAAGUUGCUUUCACAUUGUUGAUGCAGAAUGCUCGAGAGCUUGCGGAGUUCAAUUCUGAUCGGGCCUUUGCCCAGCGACUUGCUGUUGAACAAGGUGGAGAGCCUCAUCCGGCGCCUAGGUAAAGCCAUGUAUUGCAUAAUACACCAAAGCUCACAAUGAGUAGGCCGGCAACAGUCGUGCAACGAGGUGUUGCGCCCCAACCCGCCAUCAGAAACACUACAUCACAGGCGCAAACAUGGGGUCAAUGGUUUACAUCCCUUUUUUCGGCGCCCAAAUCCGGCGGUCAGACCCCAACAAAUCCAGUUCAAGCGCCCACCAUCGCAGCUAGAGCUCCUCCUCGUAGGGCUACCGGUCACGACUGUGUGAUCUGUCAGGAUCCUAUCUUCGGAGCGGAAGUUCGGGCACCAUGUGGUCACUUUUAUGAUAUCGGCUGUAUCACCGACCUAUUCCAGUCAGCAACACGCGACGAGAGCCUGUAUCCUCCUCGGUGUUGUCGUCAGAACAUUCUACUCCCACAAGUUCGACCUCACUUGACGCAGGCAGUGCUUACUGAGUUUGAACUCAAAGCUCAGGAAUUCGGAACCCUGAAGCGCGUUUAUUGUGUUGCACCAACGUGCAGUCGUUUCCUCGGGCCAUUAUAUGAAGGGUUCUUCAGCAAGGUCUUUACAUGCCCGUCCUCUACAUGCACGACGACGACAUGUGGAAAAUGUCGCGGGAGAUAUGAAGGAUUCACUCACCUCUGCACUCCCGAUGUGGAGGCCGAGCAAGUGCUCGCCCUAAGCCGCACCUCGGGGUGGUCACGCUGUCCAGGCUGUGCUCAGAUGAUCGAGCUUAACAUGGGGUGUUUCCACAUGACCUGCCGAUGCAGGACGGAGUUUUGCUAUCUGUGCAGAGCACUCUGGAAGUCCUGCAGGUGUCCGCAGUGGGACGAGAACAGGCUGCUUGCUGCGGCAGAGCGUCGUGUAGAUGCUCAGCUGCCGCCCGCACGUCGUGCGCAGCCUGUUAAUCCUCCCCAACAGGCACCUGCAGUGCGCCGACCAGCGCCUGCUGUCGGCGCUGUCAGGAUCCAACCUGUUAAUCCACCUAGGCCAGCGCCUGCUGCCGGCGCUGUCAGGAUCCAGCCUGUUAAUCCAAUCAGACCGGCACCUGCAGCAGCGCCCAUACAAGCACCAGCACCCCCUCCUGCCCCACCGCGUCCCUGGGCCACACUUCUCCGUGAAGAGGCACCAGCACCAGCACCUCCUCCAGCACCCUCUUCCCGAUCCAGGACUCGUCGUGCUGAGGCGAAUGCUCUAUGGUUCACGGGAAUGCCAGUGCCACAGCCCGCACCUACUGCCACCACAGCGGGCGAUGGGCUCUCUGUCAGAGAGCGUAUGAUAAGGGAGACCAUGGAGCGUCUCAGAGUUGAUCAUGACUGUGAGCACACAAGCUGGAAGUACCGUGGUGGUGGCGGACGUUGUGAGAGCUGCUAUAUGCAUCUUCCACUAUACCUCUUCCGAUGUGGAGGGUGUCAAUUCCUCGCUUGUAAUAGGUGUCGGCGAAACCGUCUGUGAAAAAUGAAUCCAAAUUGCCCUCGGUGGGUCUCGAUGCUUUUUCUGAUCAAUGCAAAUUAUGCUUUGAUCUUGAAACGCAUUGUUCCCAGGCACUGUACAAUCCAUAGUAUAGAAUGGACGACUUCUUUCAUCGUCUGUGGCAUGUCAAGGGGAGAUUUGUACAAUCACAUUUGCUGGUAGCCGAAACAAUUAUUAGCACCCCGUCUUGGGCCUUGUGACCUCAGGAAUGAUUUGCGCAGACCAUUCGGAGAUCAUUGUGCUAAGUAAACCCGUCACCAGUCUUAGAAUGAUCCAGCUGGUAGUCACAACGAUACUUAGUGUUGAUAGUAUCUCAAAGGUAGCGACUAUCGCACUUGGUAAAGCAGGACAUGCCCAGCUUGAGGUUAGACUCUCUGUCUAUGUCCUCGAGAG